AUGUCCUCGGCAUCAUCAUCAACCAAAUCCCACCCUCUUACUUUCUAAGGUGUCUGGUGACUCUUGCCCCUCCCUUCCUCACAUGGGACGGAGAAGGAAAGAGAGGGAGAAAGAGAGAGACACAAGCCCACCACCACUGCCACCACCCCCGGCAUCUCCCCAGAGGGCCCUCGCCUCGCUUUGCCUUGCCUCGCCCUGCCCUGCCUGGCCGGCUCCUCCCGCUGCUCAGUACAACCGCGCCUCCGCGCCGGACGGCGACCAGCCAGGAUCUGGGCUCACGAGCGCUCGUCUUUGCUGACCAGAGGUGCGAGAAGAGCCCCGGCGCCUCCCUUGGCAGGAUGGCCAUGGCAAAGGGCGCAGCGUUUCUGGCGCUGGCGUUGCCCCUGCUCUUGAGCCUGGCGCCGGCGCCGAGCCUGCAAGGAUGCCCGUCGGCUUGCCGCUGCUCUUUCGCCGUGCUGCAGUGCCUGGAGCCCGACGGGAUCGCAGGUGUCCCCGCUCUGGGGCCACAAGAGAGCGAGAACGUGACGGAGAUCUACAUCGAGAACCAGGCAGGCCUGGAAAACAUCACGCAAGUCGAGCUGAUGAACUACAAAGAGCUGAAAAACCUCACGGUGACGUCGUGCAAGCUGAGACACAUCGCCGCUGACGCCUUCCGCCACAACCUGAAGCUGCAGUACGUGAACCUGGCGUCCAACUCUCUGGAGCACAUUUCCUGGCGGGUCUUUCAUUUCCUUCCCCUGCUCAACCUGGUUCUGCAGGACAACCCUCUGGCCUGCUCAUGCGAGCUCCACUGGUUGCAGCGCUGGCAGCGUGGUGAGCACGGUGACACGGAUGACCAGCCGCUGACAUGUUGGGCAGCCGGACGCCAAGUGCCGCUCGCCUCGCUUGUCUUGGGCAACUGCAGUCUGCCCGAGGUCACCAUUCUGCCCUCCAACAACAAGGUGCAGGAGGGGGGCAAUCUCACCUUUGAGUGUCACGUGACAGGAAGUCCCACCCCGCAAGUCAAGUGGCGCACGCACACUCUCCGCUCGCACUUUGUUGCCCAGGAGAGAAUCUGGGGCUCUACGCUGGAGGUGGUCCUGUACCUGACCAACAUGUCUUCCAGCGACAACCUGCACAACCUGACCUGCGAGGCGGAGAACCAGGCCGGGCCCGGCGAGGAUGUGGUGCAGCUGGACAUUGAGUUCCCGGCCAAGAUCCUGAACCUGAGCGACGCGGUCCAAUUGCACCACUGGUGCUUCUCGUUUGUGGUGGACGGCAACCCGGAGGCCAACAUCAGCUGGCUGUACGAAGGCGCCGAGCUCAAGGAGACGGCCUUCACCUACACGCAGUUCAUCCCGGACUCAGGCGACGGGUCCAAGAAGCACGGCUGCCUGUCGCUGGACAAGCCCACGCACAUCAACAACGGCCGCUACACGCUGCUGGUGGAGAACAAGCUGGGCCGGGACCAGGCCACCGCUAUCGGCAAGUUCAUGGACAACCCUUUUGGACUCUUUGACCCCGACGGCAGCAUUCCCGUCAACAACUUGGAUCCAGUUCCCACCAACAAAUCCGUCAUGGACGUCACAGAGAACCUAGAGAGUCGAGUCUUUGUGGUAUCGGUGGCGGUGGGCCUGGCCGCGUUUGCAUGCGUCUUCCUGCUGGUCACUGCCUUGGUCAUCAACAAAUGCGGCCACAACUCCAAAUUUGGUAUUCACCGCUCGUCCGUGCUGGGGGCCGAAGACGAGCUGGCAGUGUCGCUGCGCUUCAUGAACUUUGGGAGCAGCCCUCCUUCCUCGGACGAAGACUCAGGCCUGUCCAGCUUCGUGGAGAACCCGCAGUACUUCUGCGGCAUCGUCAAAGACAAAGACAUGUGCGUCCAGCACAUCAAGCGCGCCGACAUCGUGUUGAAGUGGGAGCUGGGUGAAGGCGCUUUCGGUAAAGUCUACCUGGCCGAGUGCGCCAACCUGAGCCCCGACAGCGACAGGAUGUUGGUGGCCAUCAAGACCCUGAAGGACGCCAACGAGUCGACGCGGCAGGACUUCCAGAGGGAGGCGGAGCUCCUGACGGUGCUGCAGCAUCAGCACAUUGUACGCUUCUACGGCGUGUGCACCGACGGCGAGCCGCUCGCCAUGGUCUUCGAGUACAUGCGGCACGGCGACCUUAACCGCUUCCUCCGAGCUCACGGCCCUGACGCUCGGAUCCUGGAGGAGUCCAAGACGGUGGCGCAGGGCGAGCUGACCGUGCCCCAGAUGCUGCAUAUCGCGGCCCAGAUCGCCUCAGGGAUGCUCUACUUGGCCUCGCUGCACUUUGUCCACCGAGACCUGGCCACGCGCAACUGCCUGGUGGGAGAAGGCCUGGUGGUCAAGAUCGGAGACUUCGGCAUGUCGCGGGACAUCUAUAGCACUGAUUACUAUCGGGUGGGGGGCCGCACCAUGCUGCCAAUCCGCUGGAUGCCACCCGAGAGCAUCAUGUACAGGAAGUUCACCACAGAGAGCGACAUCUGGAGCUUCGGCGUGGUCCUCUGGGAGAUCUUCACCUACGGCAAACAGCCCUGGUACCAGCUGUCCAACAGUGAGGCCAUCGAGUGCAUCACGCAGGGCCGCGAGCUGGAGCGUCCCCGUACGUGCCCCAAACAAGUUUACCUGCUGAUGCGCGGCUGUUGGCAGCGAGAACCUCAGCAGAGGACGCUCAUCAAGGACAUCCACGCUCAACUCCUCGCCCUGGUCAAGAACCCGCCCGUCUACCUGCACAUCCUCGCUUAGACGCCCUUCGCCACAAACCACGGCGUCUUUGUCCUCACCAGUAAGGCAGCUCGGCCCAACCAUUCAAUGACGAUUAGAAAAAAGAAAGAUUCCAUUUCAUUCCAUUUAGAGUACUUGACAUCCAUCUUAAGAUCCACGCACUCUGUCCUCACUAGUAAAAAAAGAAAAAAAAAACCUCUAGCACAGGGGGAGAACAGUCUCCCUUUGCCAGUUAGGCAAAACUGUUCUUUUGUUGACGACCGCGUGGUACCAGUAGUUACCGAGUAAAGUUUUACAGAACUGCUAGCUAGUAGCAUGCAAUUGUCGACCAGUGUACAAUUUUGCCUCGCUAGUAAUGUGUGCAGAAAUGUCCUAAGGCAGUCAUCAAUAAUAAUAAUAAUAAUAUGGUACUCGUAAGACAGUUCUACUCCUUCUCCUCUUGACAGUGUGUCCUGUUGUGUUUAGCGCCCCUGCAGGCUGUGGGUGGAACUGCGGGGUGUUGACAGGACUCAAGGAGAGAACUGAGUCAAAUUUGUGCAAACUUCAGUAGAUGACGAUGGUCACCAUAAUGAUUUGUGUAUGCGUGUGUAUAACCAGCUUUGUGUCUCAUAUGGAUUUUUUUUUUUUUCAAUAUUAUCCAAACGUGUGCAUUUGUUUGGUCACUUUGGAAGGGAAAUAUUAGCCCACCAAACUUGACUACAAUUCAGCUGUUUCUGUCUGUGCGCGAUUGUCUAUUUACUCAACUGCAGAGGAUUUGUGGCUAUUUUAUAGAACUUGCACCCGUCAUUGUCGUUUUUAUUUGAGGUGUGGUGUUGAUGUAUUCACCUAAAUGGAGGGCCCAAAGUUGUACAAAGUGUAAAUAGUGAAGGGAGAUGCAUUCAGACUGUAUGGCAAACUAUCCAUGUCAAUGCUGUGUGCGCUCACAUCACAAUAAAGUUGAUCGAGAGAAGAAAAAAAAACUUUAAUCAAUUGGUCACUAUGAUUAAAUCACUGAACUUUUACUUUAAUUGAAAAAAAGU